UGUUCAUUGUCAUAUACGUAGAAUAUGCGUGUGGACAUUCUUGCAGACGAAUAUGCAGCCCAUGCAAGGCACAUGGAGUGGAUUGUCAAGAACGCGCUGGCUGAGUCGGGCAAGUGGACCCCGCAGUCGGUGAAAAACGGCUGGGCCGUGGAUGUCGACAGGCACGGGUGGCGCGUCUGCUCAAAGUCGUUGCCGACGUCGUCUUCAGUCCGCAGCCCUUCCAAGCGCAUGGUCGUGUGUCAUGGCUCGCACCAAGCUUCCUUGUCGACCCUUCGUGACGAAUUGUAUGCCGACAACACUCGCGACUACCUCGCGAUGGCGGCGGUUCUCCACGGCGCGUCUCUUUACGAUGCAGCCGUGCUGAACGUCCACUCAACCCGCACCCCAGACGACCCGGCGCACUUUUUCGGCGUCAAGUGGCUGCAGCUCACUGUCGCCGCCAACAAGCCGCCCGUGUCGUUUCUGUUUUUGGAGUUUACCGGCACGUGCAUCGAUCCCCAAGGCCGAGUGACGCUCUUUGUGGUCACUGAACCCAUCUUGGCCUCCCAUGGCGCCUCCACGUCACGCACCACCACGAGCCCAACCGAAGGUGUGUCCUGCGUCAAACUGUACCGCGCAAGGCCGGAUGGCCAUGUCGAUGUGUUUGUCCGAGCGCAUUACACCCCAGGAAGCAGCACCAGCGCGAGUCGUCGCCAGCUCCCCAGGACCACCACAUGGAGAGGCAUGGACAUGAAUAUCCCGCUCUCGUUGGGGAAAGACAUCGGCCCAUUGUUGCAAGAGUCAUCUCUGCACGAGUCGCUCGUGUUGACCACCGGAGAGUUUAGCCCGCAAUGGGAUUAUUCCACGACGCGCUGCAACGUGUGUGAGAAGAAGGGCAUGUUUUGGCAUCGACACCACCACUGUCGAUGUUGUGGCCUGGUCAUGUGCUCUGGAUGUCUUGUCAAGUUGCAUUGUGUGCGUCGCCCAUCCACACCAAAGUGGAAGAAACCGUCGAGUCACAAGAGUCUAAAGGCAGUGGCGGAAGUGAAGUUCUGCAUCAAGUGCUGGGUGCAUGCGCGGACCGAAGCACGGAAACAACCCGCGUCAGUUGCGUCCGUCCACCCGGUGCUGGACACGACGUUGGCGGCCUUGGAAACAAUUGUGCGAGUCGGCGCCCCCAACAAUGCCACCACCGCAGAGUGGUGGAAGUCCACGCGAGAGGGAGACUGCAUGUCCAGCAUCGACACGUCAUGGAUGUCGACGUCUGCAUCCGUAGAUACGGCGUACGACCUGCCGCUCUCAACGAUGUCGGCGUCGUACCGCUCCCACACGUGUCGAAUCAACAGCUUCAACCUGCUCUCGACGCCGUCGUCGAGGGAGUCAAUGGCUGCCCGUAUGGACGAAAUGAACGAGUCUAUCGCACUGCAAACUAUGAUGCUAUCCACCAUGACCAGAAUCUUGACGCCGCAAACUCCGCCCGCGUUGGUUGACGUUGUCGUGAAAUACGACGAGUAGAAAAUGGUAGCAUACGUUCGGUUAGAUUUAAUUAUUUUUGGUUGCCCUUUCUACAUCUGUAACGUCAUCCUUCUACUAUUAUUAAUAUU